AGCUGCAAAUCUACAUGACAGCCGAUUGGAAACGGGGCGAGUGAUGAACGACAGUUUUUCAAACUCUGAAAACAGUUUGCAACGGAGGUGACAGAUGCAUUUUGCUUCGUAGGGGUCUGGACAGGACGAAGUCGGAGAAAAAAAAAAAAAGAGGAAAGAAAUUCCGGCUUUCCUCCAGGCUGCCUCUGACAGGUGUGCGUUUGAAUACUGCAGGCAGCCCCAAACAGGAUCACCGGGUUCCGAGACCAGCGGCUAGAUGUGGUGCCUGGAGCGGCUCCUGCGGAACCGAGAAGGGUUUCUCCCCGGGCGCGUCCGCCGCACCAAAGCGCAAUCGUCCUCUGCGUGCGGAAACGUGCUCACUCCUGACCGCAUCCCAGAGUUCUGCAUCCCACCGAGACUGGAGCCUAGCACGACCUGGGCUGCGCUACGCGAAGCCUGUGCUGCGGAUGCGGAGACGGACGACCACGCGGGUCGCACCGACUGGGACCCGCGCUCACAAGCCGCGCUCUCGCUGCCGCACCUGCCCCGCGCACGCACCGCCUACGGCUUCUGCGCGCUGCUCGAGAGCCCGCACACGCGCCGAAAGGAGUCGCUCUUCCUCGGCCACCCAGGAGUUCCCCGGCCCGGACUUCGUCGCCGCGCGCACACCUACGCAAGUCCGCGCCGAGUCCCGGACGCCCCGCGCCCCGCGCCUCGUAACCUAGAUGCCUCCCGGGUCCUGCCGCCCACUCCUGCUCCCCGUAGACACCGCCUCCUGCGCGUCCCUGAUGGGCUGCUGAGCCGCGCGCUGCGGGUCCCUCGAGGUCGGGCCAGUGCGCGCCCUGCGCCCAGUGGAGACAAACAGGGGAGCGCCGCCUCCUGCGCGCCCCCGGACCCCACCGGCCCGAUUCCCAAGCGCCUGCAAGCCGAGGCCAGCGUGGCUCUGGGCCGCGGGGAUUGCACGCUGCACCUUGCCGCCGAGUACUGUCCGCGCAGCGCGUGUCUCCGCCUCCGCCUGCUGCGCGCUGAGGGUCCGGCCGCUGCGCUCGAACCCCGAGCCCUGGGCUGCCGCCUCAGCCUGGUGCUGCGGCCGUCGGGCCAGCAGCGCGCCAGCGUUCUCCACCGCAGCCGCAAGGCCGCCCUGGACCAGGACUGCUGCUUUGAUGGGCUCUCGGAGGAGCAGCUGCACCGCCUGGCCGUGCGCAUCAAGGUUGAGAGCAAGGGCCGCAGGCUGGAGCGUGGAAGGCCGCUGGGCCAGGGUGAGCUGCUGCUGGGCUCGCUGCUGCUGCUCUGAGCCCUGAUUCCGUGGGGCCAUGGACACUGAAGGUCGCUUGGCCCUGAGAUGCUCACCACACUCUUGGCCCUGGGACACUUGGAGACAGUCUUAGCUUUUGGUCCUGGAACACUCACAGCCUCUUGGCUCUUGAACCCUUCAAAGACGCUCGGCUCUGAGACACUCCCAACUCUUGAACCUUGAGAGUCGCCUUAUCCUGGCACAUUCACAACCUCUUGGCUCUUGGACAUGGAUGAGCCAUUUGUACAAAAUAAACAUGUCUUCGUUUUUCUAAUCAGGGCUUUGUUUCAAUCCAAUCCUGGCAGAGAUGAUCCUAGAUUAUCACAGUAACAGAUGUAACUUAUUUUUGUGUGGGCAGACACCUUGAAAUUUCGGUUGAGCAAUGGGGUAGUGUGAGCAGUGUUUUUCACUGUAGACAGAGAUUGUAUUUCAUAUGUAUCACACACUUGAACUGAAGAUAGUUAAUGUCAUGCAGUAUUAGGCCAGCCUCAUUUGAUAAGUUCUUUCAUUUCAUGGUAUCUUUAGGGACUUAUAGUGUCAGUUACUUCUGAAGCAUUAAGAUGUUGCAUAAGGGCCAAGGUCUACUAAGAUUGCUGAGUGGGUAGAAGGUGUUUGCCACUACACCUCAUCACCUGAAUUAGAAUCUAGUAAGGACUGUGAGACCUGCAUGAUGGAGAGGAAAAAUCCCUGCAAGUUUUCCUCUGGCAUGACCUCCCCCCAACACAACAUAAAUAACGUAAUUAAAUCAUUUUUAAUAAAAGGCCAGGAAGAAAUGACUCCAAGCAGGGAGUCCACUCAUAUCCUAAGCUCCAUCCUGCUAGGAAUACAAUAAAGAAGUGGAAAUCAUUUUAAUAUUUAAGUAACAGUCAAAAUAGCUUUACAAGUUUUAACUUGUUUCGUUUGGAGAGCAGCCCUAGAUAGAAGGCACUACCAUCCCCAUUGUGCAGAUGAGGCAUGGAAUAAAGAGAAGUCAGGGCAUCCGUAUUUCACUCACUAAAAUGCUUGUCUGGGAAUUGGGGUAUAGCUCAGUUGGUACAGUGCUUCCCUAGCAUGCACAACACCCCAGGUUC